GCCCGGCCCCCGCUCUCACCAACUGGGCUCCCGGUGCCAGGUCGGGGCCGCCUACUCGCCGCGGGGGGAGAUGCUGGCCCUGAGGGGACGCAGCCUGUGGGGCGCUCGGUGAGGGCGGGCGCGAGAGGAUCGCCGUUUCCCGUCCUCCCUCCCUCCGUCCCUCGUUCCCUGCCCGAUGAGGGAUUAGCGCCGGCCGUCCCGCCGCUGACGGCGAUUUACCUGUGCGGCUGCGUCCCUGGCGGCCGCUGUGGUUGAGACGAGCGGAGUUCGCCGUGCCGCUCCCGGGGGAAACUUUCCGCCGCCGUGGCAGGAUCUACAAAGAGUGGAGGAGCUGGUAUCUUGACUUGUUGCGAUUGAAAAUGUCAAAAUUUCACCCUGGCUGAAGACUGUCGAGAGGAGCUGACUGAGGAGUCCUGUGGAUACCAAAGCUCAAAACGGGAUAUUGAUCUCUUCAUGAUGCUUGCACAUCUUUUACUAACAACAGGAUUUUCAACGGAAAUUCAGCAUGGCCUAGUGGGUUGACCUUUGGAAACUUUAUAAUGUCCUCUGGAACUAGUAUCAGAAAAAAUCAGCAGGGUCUGAGCCUGCAGGGUGUUGACCCAGAAACUUGUAUGAUAGUGUUUACAACACACUGGGCACAGGUUCUAAAAAUCUUAGAGAAGCAUGAUCCUUUGAAAAAUACUCAGGCCAAGUAUGGUGCAAUUUCACCUGAUGAAGCCAGCACUGUUCAGAAUUAUGUGGAGCACAUGCUUUUCUUACUCAUUGAGGAGCAAGCAAAGGAUGCGUCAAUGGGGCCCAUUCUAGAGUUUGUGGUCUCAGAAAACAUAAUGGAGAAGCUUUUUCUUUGGAGCCUGCGGAGAGAGUUCACUGAUGAGACAAAAAUUGAGCAACUCAAAAUGUAUGAAAUGCUGGUAACCCAGUCUCAUCAGCCUUUGCUACAUCACAAGCCAAUCUUGAAGCCUUUGAUGAUGUUGCUGAGCUCCUGCUCAGGAACAGCUACUCCAACAGUGGAAACAGAGCUGGUUGUCCUCCUGAAUCAGCUUUGUUCUAUAAUAGCCAAAGAUCCUUCCAUUCUAGAACUGUUUUUUCACACCAGUGAGGACCAAGGGGCUGCCAAUUUCCUCAUAUUUUCCCUCCUGAUUCCCUUCAUUCAUCGAGAAGGAACAGUAGGCCAACAGGCUCGUGAUGCACUGCUCUUCAUUAUGUCCCUGUCAGCAGAAAACAACGUUGUUGCAAACCACAUAGCAGAAAAUACCUAUUUUUGCCCAGUGCUGGCAACAGGGCUAAGUGGCCUCUAUUCAUCUUUGCCUACAAAGUUGGAAGAAAAAGGAGAAGAGUGGCACUGCCUGCUGAAAGACGACUGGCUCUUAUCGCCUGCACUUGUGCAAUUCAUGAAUUCUCUUGAAUUUUGCAAUGCUGUGAUACAGGUGGCACAUCCCUUGAUACGUAACCAGCUGGUGAAUUACAUUUACAAUGGAUUUUUAGUGCCAGUAAUGGCUCCCGCACUCCAUAAGGUAACAGUGGAAGAAGUGAUGGCCACUACAGCGUAUCUGGAUCUCUUUUUGCGUAGCGUUUCGGAGCCAGCCCUUCUCAAGAUUUUCCUCCGUUUUAUUCUGCUGCAUCGACAUGAGAAUGUGCACAUCCUAGAUACACUUACUAGCCGAAUCAACACACCAUUCCGGAUUUGUGUAUUAAGUUUAUCAUUUUCCAGCACGCUCAUUGGCUUGCAUUGUGAAGAUGUGAUGUUGCAGCUAGUUUUAAGGUAUCUGAUCCCAUGUAACCACAUGAUGUUGAGCCAGCGAAGGGCUGUGAAAGAGAGAGAUUGUUACUCCGUAUCUGCUGCAAAACUGCUUGCCCUGACACCACUCUGCUGCUCCACUGGGAUCACCUUGACUCUAGAAAGCCAAGGAAAAGAUUAUAUUCUCUGGACAAAAGCAGCUCAAACUGAAGAUUCUGUUAGAAGCGUUUCUGAAUCCACCUGCAUUGUGGAAUUUGGAAGAGCUGUGGAUAUCAGCUACCUGCAGUACCUGGGAGAAGCUCAAGAAGCCAUCCUCCAGUGUCUGAAAGAUUGUAAGGUCUGGUCUGCUUCAUACGAUGGAGUAAAUCCUGAUCCUGAGACCUUUAUCCAAACACUUGCUGAGGAGAACGGUACAGAUGUGGAACACCCCAUGUUUCGUCUCCAGCAAAGGACACCCAGCAUGUGUAGCUCACAAACAGCACCAAUGGGUGAGAAGAUGCAGUUGGAGCUGGAAUGGGAUGAUAGCUAUGACACAGGGAUUUCUCCUGGUUCUGAUGUGAGCUCGCUCCAGCAGUAUGAUGAUCUGGGAAAUACAGAGGUGCAGAUGCCUGCAGUGCCACCAAAACAUAUUCAAGAGAUGAAAAAAAAUGCUAUCAUGCUUGUCAAAGGAUCUUACAUAGAGGAUUCGGACUUUCAGGAUGAUGUUAUGGUUUACAGAUUAUGUGCCCAGAAGGAUAUGCAGGAUGAUGACAACUCCAAGGAGAAAACUUUAAAUGUGUCCAGAGAACAUCAGGUCCAAAGCCAGACUGUUGUCAAUGGGCCUCUCUCUAACAGCCAGCUGGAAGUGGGCGUGGAUGAGCACAGUGAAAAAAAAUCAAGCUUGACUCAAAGUGUAACGAAAGAACAAAUAAACCAGAAAAUGGUGGAGACUGAUCCACAGCCAGACUUAGAGUUGAAGCUUCAGGAGGCAGAUAAUUGCUUAAGCUCACAAACGCUGAGCACAGAUGGUGAGGAUUUCAUUGCACAGUAUGACAAAAUUAUUAAGGAACUGGAUCCAAACAAUGCAGGUGUGGAGGAGCAAAAGUUAGACACUCCUGAUCCUGUGUCUCCUGCAGAAGAGGAGGAGGACUUUGAGAAUUUCUCAGCAGAUACCCCUUCUGUGGAGAGCACGUCAUCUCCCUUUGGACCAAAGGAGGAUGCAUCCCCCAAGCGUGCUGCGAGGAGUCAGAGUGCUCCAUUCACAGGACCAUUUAUCAGCGUGGUGUUGUCCAAGCUGGAGAACAUGCUGGAGAACUCCCUGCAUGUGAAUUUGCUGCUUAUUGGGAUUAUUACUCAGCUAGCAAGUUACCCACAGCCUCUUCUUCGCUCCUUUCUGCUCAACACCAACAUGGUGUUUCAGCCCAGCGUACGGUCACUUUAUCAGGUGCUGGCAUCUGUGAAAAAUAAAAUUGAACAUUUCGCUUCUACGGAAAAAGACUUCCCAGAUCUUCUCCUGGAGGCCCAACAGUACUUACUUUUUCGUGUGGACAUGUCUGAUGCCGCUGAAGAACUGCUAACCAAAGGUAAAUGUUAACUGCACUCAGAGGAGUGCUGAGUGGAAUGAAUCACCAGUUACCUCUCUCAUUUGCUACAGCGUGAUUAAAAGUAGGUGUGGCGCAUUAUGAGUAUCGUUAACCAGAUGUAGCCUUCUGGCUUUAAACUGAUGAUCCUCAGUAGGCCUCAGUAUAUGGAUCUAUCUGGAUAUGCUUUGCUCUUUAGAAGCUUUUAUUGUCUUUGCUACAGAAGAUGUCUGUUUAAAGGAGUAAGAAAAUCAGCUUUUCCUUGGCUUACUUCUAGUUUGGUUGUAAACCAAUUUGCUUUCAGGGCAUGAGGUGAGAUGGCAAAUUGCGUGAUUUUAUUUUAUUUUUAGCCUGACCUUCAGCUAGUCAUUAGUUCUGUGGGGUUUUUUUGUUUGUUUGUUUUUUGACAAGUGCUAGAGAGGACAGAAAUCCAGAAUGAAUUGGUUUCUGCAAUGAUUGAAUAAGGCCUCAUAUGAUAGUUUGGGCUUUUACUGACAGAGAUGGAUGUGAGCCAGAGAACUUCAGAUGUGCUUUCUGGAAUGAAAGCAUGAAACAGCAAAAAUAAAUGGGUGGUAUAAGUCAGGAGACUUCAACAACAACGGGGAGUUAAGCAGGUAUCACCCUAGCUUCCCAGGGGACUUGUAUAAUGUCUGCUGCUUCUCAAGGACAGUGUGCUACGCCUGUCUUGACAGUUACUGGCGUUUGCACUGCAGUGAGAGAAGGUAAUAAUAAGCAAAAUGGAGAAUCUUACAUUCCCACUGAGAAAUUUCCCAAAGCAGUGGGUAUCACGCUGCCCUGGGGAUGUAUCAGUUCUCAGCUUGUUGCUGAGCAAGCAGCAUAGGGUGCAGCUUUCCCUUAAAAACAACUUCCCAUACAAUGGGAAUGCACACAGUUUGCUGAGAGCUGUGACCACGGAGAUUGAGGGCUCAGAAUCAGCACUGAAGAGAGGCUGCAUUCAGAGAUGUGUUCUCAUGUAUCAUUUGGAAUUGUUAACGAUAGUCCUGCCUCGCCUUUACCACUGCAAAGUUGGUAGUAUUUAUCUUGGAUUUCCAGAGCUGUGGAAAGCAGGGCUUUUUAUGCAUCUUCUUAAUUGUGUUUUUAUUUUGCAAGGCUCUGAAUGGUAAUUUACCUAGUUUCUAGUCAGCGUGGUGUGCAUUUCUGAGGUUUGCAGUACAUCGAGUCAGCAAAAUUACGAUCUCACUAAGAAUUAGUCUGCGAAAGGUGCAUGCUGUAAAUGAGCUGUGUAUCGCAAACAUCUGCAGGGGGUUCUCUACAUCCUGGUGAGGAAGCCUUGUAGUUAGGUGAUAGUGUAGCUGGUGUUUGGGACAGGAUUAGGAGGCAGUGUUUAGUGACCUUUUUUAGGUGCUGGCAGUACAAACUUUUUUAGAAUGCAUUCCAAAUGGAAAUUAAUCUAUCUGAGUAAACUUGCAAGCCUUACGCUUCAAGGUUUUCAGGGCUUAUUUGUUGUACCUCAGUUAAAUAACAUAGUCAGUAAUUUUUGGAAUUUAUUUGUGCUUCCCAUUUUAUAUCAGUUUUCUUUGUUGGGCUUUAGAAAUUGCCAGACUGACUCAUGCAGAUCAUUAUUUAAGAUCUCAAAACAAGGCUGCUUAGUCACCCUGUCGGUACGUUUUUUUCUGACUUGUGACAACCCCUGUAAAGAAGGUAUCUCUUGACAAAUAGAUGGAAAGGAAAUAAAUGUCUGGGUAACUGCACAUUUGGUUCCCAACAAGAUUGAUGAUGCAAGCGGUCAAACUCUACUUCUCGGGGCAAGUUGGCUCACUUGUCCGUCAGCACACUGCAGGUCAUUGUAUUGAUUCCUACAGAAUUCACACCUGAAGAAGGGAAGUCAGAUGUAGCGGGGAACACAAAUGUAAAAAUGAAGUAUUCCAAAGUGUUUCCCUUCCCUUGAUAGUGACAGUCUUCAAAAGCAUUCAAACAGAAAAGGCCAUUCAGUGCUGCAAGCAGCAAAUAACUAUGUGCUUUGUUUACAUGGCAGUUUGGGUUAGGGUUAGAUAUCGUAGAGGUGUCGUGAUCCCAUAUGCAGUGCUGCCCAUCUUUCAGCACUUUGGUAGCUGUUUCCAGAACACUCACUUUUGCAAUUGCAUCCUGACUGCAGCAGGAAGCAGACAAUCUUGACUGAAAGAAAAAUCAAAUUUCUGGUCCCUUGGC